UAAUUAAGCAUCACAUCAUUAUAAUAUCAUUCAUUGAAUUACCAAUACUUAAUCACUCAAUGGACUUGACCCUGAGCAGGAACAAGUCUCCUUCUUCUCGCAACAAGACCAGAAAGAGCAGAAGCGGCGGCGGCACCCAUCAACGGGAUGCAAACGGAUUCAGGUAUCUCGGCGUGCGGCGGCGGCCGUGGGGCCGAUACGCGGCGGAGAUAAGAGACCCCAACACCAAAGAGCGCCACUGGCUCGGCACGUUCAACACCGCCGAGGAGGCGGCCCUGGCCUACGACCGCGCCGCCCGCUCCAUGGGCGGCAAAUCCAGAGCCCGCACUAACUUCGUCUACUCCGACACUCCGCCGGCGUCUUCUGUCACCUCCGUCAUCUCUCCCGAUGAGCCCCAUUACAAUGCUCUGUUACGUCUGUUCUGGGAGAACAGAGAGGCGAACCGGAAUCUUCAUCAGUUCGGUACCGGAAACGCUAGCAGUGAUCAAUUAUUGCUCUUUUCCGGUGACCAGAGAGGCGGUGCUAUGCCGGAGAUCGGAGGUCGAGACGGAGGCGGGUGGGAGUUUUUUCAACAUUGCUAUUUCAGUGAAGGCGGCGGCAGCUGGGUGGAUCAAAGAAACGCCUCCGUGACAGAGGCGGAGCUACCGCCUCUUCCGCCUGACAUAACCACCAGCUUCACCGGCGGGUACCACGGCGGCAACAUGAUCGGAGACCCGAGCUUUGGCGAGGCCAUUGGUCGGAAUGGCAAUGUCACGUACACCGUUGUGGAAGACGGCGGCAGGGCGGCUUGGGAUACUUUAGGAUUUGGGUGCGGCGGUGCCAUGGAAAUGUUGAUACCGCCGGCAGCACGGCCUGAGCUCUGGCCGGAGAAUGGAUCGUUGGAAUCUAACGCCAUGCAGUUGUUCAUGGCCAAUAAUCUUACUUUCUCGACGUCAACCUUUGGCGGCUAUUGACUGUAAUUUGCACUUGUUUUUUUCUCUCCCUCCUUUUUUUAUUUAAAAUUUUUCCACUUUCUUUUUCAUUGUGGUUUCUUGGCUUGUUCGAAUUACCAACCCCAUGUUAGAACUUAAAACUAGCAUCACUCCCGUGCGUUGCACAUGUCAUACUUAUAUUACUAAAUUAAGAUCAUUUUU